CGUGCGCCCUCCGAAUCGCUGCCUUCGCCGUCGGUGCUCGGCGCGGCCUGCGAAGUCCCUUGGUAGCUUCGCCCUUCCAGUCCCGGCUCGAAGGAGCCCCGGAUCAAAGUUCCAGCAAGCCUGGAGGGAUGUGGAAAACUGGCUGAACAGGAUUUGAUGAAUGAACUGGAUCCUCAAGCAGGACACUGAAUGGAAAAGUUACAGAAGCAGCAAUUGACUUCCCCGGGCAGCGUCGGCUCCUCCCGGGGCUCCAGUGUCCCAGGGUCACCCUCUAGCAUUGUGGCGCGAAUGGACGAUGAGGUCCUGGCGUACAAGGACUUGGCAGCAAUCCCCAAGGACAAGGCGAUCCUGGACAUUGAACGCCCUGACUUAAUGAUCUAUGAGCCCCACUUCACCUACUCUCUCCUAGACCACGUGGAGCGGCCGGGGAGCCGAGAGCGCUCCCUCUCGCCCAAAUCCCUCUCUCCUCCUCCUUCUCCAGAAGUUAACCGUGACUGGAUGGAGAGCAAGUCUCCAGGAAACGCCUCCCAAGCCGCCAGUCGCCGCGCCAGCAGCGCAAGCCGCAGUGGAGUCCACCAUUUCCACCGUCCGGAUACCAACACAAUGGAGAUGAACCUCUACAAGAAGCCCCCCAUCUACAAGCAGAGAGAGCACUUGAUGGCACCCGUCCCACAAAGCAAACACCUGAUUGAGGACCAGAUCAUUGAGUCCUCCAAGUUCCCAGCCGCCCAGCCGCCGGACCCCAACCAGCCGGCCAAGAUCGAGACGGACUACUGGCCCUGUCCCCCAUCCCUGGCGGUCGUGGAGACUGAGUGGCGGCGGCGGAUGGCAUCCAAGAGAGGUGAGGAUGAGGAUGAAGAGCUCUCAGAGGACAUGAAGAAUCUGCGGGAGCUGCAGAAACAAGAACUGAGCAAGGUGGCCUCUAAUCUAGGCAAGCUCAUCCUGAAGGAGGAGAUGGAGAAGUCACUCCCAAUCCGAAGGAAAACCCGCUCACUCCCAGACCGAACGCCCUUCCACACCUCUCUGCAUGUGGGGAGCUCCAAGUCUGCAUCCCUUCCUGCCUAUGGGAGAAGCACACUCGCCCGGCUGCAGUCAACAGAGUUCAGCCCUGCUGGCAGCGAACAGGGCAGUCCAGGCUUGCAGAAUGGGCAAAGAGGACGCAUGGACCGAGGCAACUCCCUUCCUAGCAUGCUGGAGCAAAAGAUUUACCCAUAUGAGAUGUUGAUGGUGACGAAUCGAGGGCGGGUGAAGCUGCCCCCAGGAGUGGACAGAACGAGGCUAGAGAGGCACCUGUCGCCGGGGGAUUUCCUGCGUGUGUUUGAGAUGACGCCAGACGAGUUUGGCAGGCUGGCCCUGUGGAAGCGGAACGAGCUGAAGAAGAAAGCCUUCCUCUUCUGAGCCCAGCCCUCCCGCCCUGUCCCCGAGCCGACCUGCUCAGCGUGAGCUCCAUGUGUGUCAAUCCGUCUUGCAUCACAGGCGCUUCAGGGCUACGAUGGAGCUGGUUCUCCCCUCCCCCUCGCUGCACAAGCCUGAGUCGCCCACGGGCAGAGGGCAGCAGGCCCAGGAGGACUUGGGCAGAGUAACAACAACAACAACAACAACAACAACACCCUUCCCACCCCCCCACCCCCGGUGAAAAGGAAACACAGCAGCAUGGGAGGCGCAGCGCCAGGCCUAGGGUGGGGAGAAGCCAGCUGGCCGUGGCGUCGUCGAGUGCUGCUGCUCGUGAGCCAGAGGCGGCCUUUUGCAGCAGAGGGCUCGUCAGAGGCUGGCAUUUCGCACACACACAUACACCCCUCUUUGGCAUCGAGGGCCGGCGGCACAGGAAUGGGCCCUGGGAGCAGACCGAACUGAACGCAAAGGCAGCAGGCAGGCCUGCCCCCGCCCCGCCCCCGCCCUCUGGGCCUUCCUGGCCUCUGCUGAAGUGAGCUGUUGACUGGGCCUAAGACGGGGGUGGAGGGGGGCAGGGGUCUGUCCUCUCAAGGACUGGAGGUGAUGUUGCCCUAGAAUCUGCCCACCUUUCCUCCGCUGCACUUGGUGAAUAGACCUCUGCUUUCCCCUAGGAAGUAUCACACCUUGCCACCUGGGAAGUCCACAGGUGCUCCAACGAUGCCCACUAAAUGGUGGGGGCUGGGCAGGGGAAGCCGCGUGAUGCUGGGAGAGACAGCAGGCGUGGGCCCUGCGCCACCGCUUUUGCCUCCCCCUCCCCUUUCGUUCCGGCCUUCCUUCAUGCCGGCUGUUUCCUUUCCCCGUCUGCCACUCGUGUCCCACACUGGCCCUGCCCCAGUUCCCGUCUUCUUUUCCCUGGCCUCAGCCACCCGCUCGGCCCUGACCCUGCCGCAACAUCUGGCUCCUUCCCUUCAGUCCUACUCAGCGAGGGUUUCUGAUCAUGCGAAGCGCCGCAGCUGAAGAGAGGGCGUGCAAGGGGCGCCGUCACAUCAGGACGCCAUCCAGGCCUGCCUCGUGAGCCCGUGGCCCCAGCCGCACGCCGUUCCUUGCCCAUCCCGCCUUCAGAGCUCUGGUGGUCCCUUGCUACCUUGUGCUGCCAAAGUGAGUCCAGAGAACGUGGACCGAUGAGAGAAUCUACAGGCACCAUCAGGACCCUUUCCCCUCCUUGGGGGCCUGCUAUUGCAAGCCCCCACUGACCCUAACUUGAUCCUUGAGGCAGGAGAGUAGCCCAACAGCACUGGUCUCUUACCCAGUUAAGGUCCAAUUCAGAUAAUUCCAGUGUACUUUUUAGAGCCAGAGGCCUCCUCCCAAGCCCACUCCUUUCCCCCCCAACCUCCUUUGGGGCUAAAGAAAGGAUGACAAGGAAAGUUCAACCAUCUUGCAAGCCUACAAGGACAGGUUUGCUCAUGAGCCGCAUAAUUAGAGGCCUUGACACCACAUCCAAGCGGCAAGCGGCCCCCUUCCACACACCCUUUACACAAGAAAGGCUUGAGGGACGGAGGUGCUCGGCAGAGGCCUGUCUUAGCCUGACCACUGUUCCCGCCAUCAGCCCCCAGAGGCCUGUGAGAGCCCUCCCCAGGUGGGGCCCGGCUGCUUCUGCACUGCCAGGCACCACUCCUGUUGCCCCCUGAGGCAAGGGCUCCCUUCCGCCCCUCGCUCCCCGGCAGGCCACCACGUCUGCUCCACUGCCAGGGUGUGCGAGUCUGUAGGAGCAGGGGCUGCAAAGGCAGUGGAGGUGGGUUUGGAGAGACUCAAGCAGCUUCUAAAACCUUAACGUGACCCGCUGUGAGGAAGUGCCUCUUUCCUCCACAACCUGCCACUGAGCGGCUGUUCCUCCGUAGCUGGUCAUCAGGAGCACUGAGGUCUAAAUCCCAUUUCUUUUCCAGGCAAUUUGGUAGAGGGGGCAGGAGAAGGGCUUGUCGCACACAUGCAGGCCUUGGCAGAGGAAGCGUUGCCUGGAGGGCCACUUCCAAGAAAUCUUCCCCCAAAACAAGCUAGUGCCAGCACUGCAGGUCUCAGCUAAGGAGUGCUACGUUUGGGGGGGGGGGGCUGGCUUCCCAGCCACUGUGCUCCUCACACACUUAGCCCCACCAGAGAGAGCAUGGCUACAGGUGGGAAGGACAAGAGCCUGUCGUCUCGCAUGCCUCUGGGUAGUGGGUGUGCAGGAAGCUGCACCUCUCGUCAGUUCUCAAGGGCAAGAGAGUGAUGCCAGCCCUGAGGUGCCCCGGAGAGGAGUGAGCCUCCCAAGCGGCCCUUUAAAUGGCAGGAUACCGGGGGGGGGGGGCGCAUCCUGCACCUGAAAUCCAGCUGCCUGGGCUGCCCACAAACAAUUCUACAGCAUCCAGCCCAAGUGGCUGUAGGAAACUGCCUUUCUCAGCUCCACAGCAAGAGUCUGGAGUUGUAACUCCCUUUCCCUCCAUACAGCUCCUACCAUGCUGUUCCCUUCCCAGCCACUCACAUUGUGCAAAUGUAAAGAAUGUAAUUUAUUAGAAGUCACUUGCCUAUUCUUGCUUUUCACUGCUACUUACGUGAACAUAUCUAUAAAUAUAUAAAUAUGGACUCCUAAUUAUGACAGUGACUCACUGUUCCACUGCCCCCUUUUGCUGAUGUCAGAAUCUGUGUGAAUAUGAGUUCUCCCCCCACACACUUUAAAUUAAAUGUGAGGUGGCUUUA